GGCGCCUUAUCCACUCGACUUGGUGCCAAAUGUCAAGGGGUAUUUAAAAUACAAACUUUUUAUUCAACACGCCUCAAAACGCGUUGAGUUCCUAAAUUCUAACCACCGUCCAUCCGUCCGCCUCUUCGGAACUCCAACAGGAUGGCGCACCGCCUGCAACUUCGGAGCGAUGACUUCGACGUUAUUGGCGCCGUGCCGCGCGAUCUAUCCGUGAUCAAGAAUUUCAUAAAGCGCGAUUGCGCCAUCAAGAAACUAAUUGAUAUCGAGGAGGAGUUCCUGCAGGAGUGCGUACAACGUGGCGAAGAUCCUAUGAAGCCAAAGAAAAAUGGCAGAGACAGUGUGUCACGGGGCAGGGGUUCGGAUUCCAAGCCACCUGAACCCAAACCGAAUCCCUGCGAGAGCCAAACCCCAGAGAAUACACUGGCCUCGGACUACUGUGAUCCCUGCCAUCGUCUCAAGACGUCCGUGGUGUUGGAAGAGCUGACCAAGCCGGCUACCACAAAUCCGGCGUUCAACAAAGCCCUACCGCCGUACUUCGACGAAGAGAGCGUGAUGGGCAACUCGUUGCCGGUCAAGUUCCGUUUCCGCCGGAAGUUCAACAGAUGCGACCAGGAGAAGAGCGACAAUCUGAUGUGCACCACGACACCGAGCACCAAUGUGGUGGUGCUGACCAACUGCUGCGAUGUGCUGGUUUGGCCCAGUCAGCGAGUGGCCCAGAUGAACCGAGUGCCAGUGACCACUUUAACUGGGGAAGGCGAUCUCACCGAGUACAUGUUGGAGGAGGAGACCAUUAUGUAGACCACCAACUAACCACGAAAUGACAGCGAGUAUGGGAAUCCAGUUUGGAACAAAUCAUUCAAUAAAACAUUCUGUUCACCCCCA